CAAAAAUGUCUGGAAAUUCUACACGAGGAAAAAAAAAGAGCAAAAAGAAGUCAACCACUCUCACUGAGAAGUAAGAACCGAGCAACGUGCCAGCAAGUAGCAACAAACCACUUCCAUUCAUUGGAGGGAAAGCGGCGAAGGCACCAGCUUCCCCCCACUCCACCCAGCGGCGGCCGAACUCCACCUACCGCCGACCAGGCCAUGGCUGCCGCUGCCGCAGUAGCCGCCGUCGCCGCGGCCGCGGCCGCCGCGCCCACCGUCUCCAAGGCGGCGCCGGAGCUGGUCCAGCCUGCGGGGCCCACCCCGCGCGGGGCGCUGCUGCCGCUGUCGUCCAUCGACAAGACCGCCGCGGUGCGCGUGUCGGUGGACUUCAUCCAGGUGUUCCCGCCGUCGGCGGCCGGGGACCAGGACGCGGCCGCGGCCGUGGCCAAGAUGCGGGACGGGUUCGCGAGGGCGUUGGUGCCGUACUACCCCGUGGCCGGGCGGAUCGCGGAGCCGGCGCCCGGGAACGUGCUGGUGGACUGCACCGGGGAGGGGGUGUGGUUCGUGGAGGCCACUGCGAGCUGCGCGCUCGCCGACGUGAACAACCUCGAGCGCCCGCUGCUCAUCGCCAAGGAGCACCUCCUCCCUCGCCCCCCACCCGAGGAGAAGCUCGAGGAUCUCAUCCUCAUGGCUCAGGUGACGAAGUUCACCUGCGGGGGUUUCGCGGUGGGGAUCUGCUUCAGCCACCUGGUGUUCGACGGGCAGGGCGCGGCGCAGUUCCUGAAGGCCGCGGGCGAGAUGGCGCGGGGAGCCCCCGCGCCGUCGGUGGCGCCAGUGUGGGACCGCGACGCGAUCCCCGACCCACCUAAGCCGCCGCCGCGCGGUCCGCCGCCGUCGUUCACGGCGUUCAACUUCGUGACCCAGGUGGUGGAGAUCUCGCCGGAGAGCAUCGCCCGCAUCAAGGAAGACUUCAGGGCCUCGACGGGCGAGGCCUGCUCCACCUUCGACGCGGUGACGGCUGUGGUGUUCAAGUGCCGCGCGGUGGCCAUGGCGCUCCCCGACGACGCCGAGGUCCGGCUCGGCUUCGCCGCCAGCACGCGGCACCUGCUCGCGGGCGUGCUGCCGGCGGUGGACGGGUACUACGGCAACUGCGUGUACCCGGUGGGCAUCACCCGGGGCAGCGGCGCCAUGCGGGAGGCGGCGCUGGCGGAGGUGGUCGGCGUGAUGCGGGAGGCGAAGGAGGCGCUCGCCGUGCGGUUCACCGAUUGGCUCCGCGGCGGCGCCAAGGACGACCACUACAACGUGCCGCUGGACUACGGCACGGUGACGGUGUCGGACUGGAGCCGCGUCGGCUUCAACGAGGUGGACUACGGCUUCGGCGAGCCCGGGUACGUGUUCACGCUCAACGACGACGUCAACAUCGUUGCGUCGGUGAUCUACCUCCGCCCGCCGGCGCCCAAGCGCGGCAUCCGCCUCAUGCUCCGCUGCGUCGAGGAGCCGCACGCCGCCGCCUUCGCCGACGAGCUCGCCAAGUUCGCCUAGACGCCUUUGCUUCUUCUUGGCCAUGAUGCCAUUUGCACGCGCAAGCCGAAUCGUACGUGUCUGUAAUAUUCUCGCUUGGAUCACACCCCUGUGCACGCAAAAUCGGCCAUAAAACGCUACAAUUUCGUGAAAUUUAUUAAUCGUCCCGGGGAGACGUUAUAUUAUAACUUUGGCGGCAGCGCGAGACUGAAUAAAAUCCGUAAUAAGCCUCUGUUUGACCGAUUUGAGGCAUUC